AUGUGUUGGGAGCUGAUGGGAGAUGGUUGGUCAGAGUCUCCCKUAGAGUUUAUUUAUGAGCAGAAGCUUUCUCACUCUCCUUUUUAGGUUAAAUGUUGGUUCAGCUGAAAAUAGAAAAAGUUAUUUGUUAUAGUCUUUGAACCAGGUCAUAGCAAACUGGUGACUUGUCCAGGAUUUGAAGCCCAGGACCUCUUGACUCCAACAUGGUUUUGCCUUUGACCAAAAGCAAGAAUUAUUCUCCUAGACCAAAUAAUUGAAAGGCUUUCCUUUGGACUUUUCAGAUUUGUUACUUUUUGUACCUGUUCUGUUGAUUUGUUUAACUAAUUAAUUGAUUUGUUUAAAUAAUUCAGAAUAAAAAGGGCUUCUAAACUCAACAGAUGAACCACUGUCUGAAAUUAGAUUUUAGAUUUUUUGUAAACAGCAACCUGUUGCAAAGACCAUUUGUUCAAUCUGUGUAGCUGAAAAUAUAAAAAAUAACAAAGAAAAAGCACUAAAAAUGAUUCUCAAGGAGCUAUAAACUGAAAAGUCACACAGCCGAUGAUUAAUGCUUCACUUUUUGUUGAAUCAUUUUUAUUUUUAUGAAAUGCACAACUUUCAGAGACUGUUUAUCUGCUGGAGUAAGUCUUUAAAGCUUGGURUUUCUUCUUGUUUUUAAGCUCACACUGCACAGUAAUGAUCCGGUGCAAAACAAAGUCCGAACGCUCAAAGAACUAUUGAUCAAAACCACUUUAAAAGAUUACAAGAAAACUUGGCUCCUUGGAAGCAAAGUGAAAAGAACUUAGAGGUCAUUUCUAACAUGUUUUCAAAGGUCCUUGUUUGUGUUCAUUCAGCUCAGCUUCUGUUGGUCUSCUGCUCCGUUCACAGCUAAUUACAACCUCUGCAAAUCUGUGAUGAAACAUGAGCGUGUCGGGUCAUCAGUGUCAGGGAAAGACGAUCGGCUCCACAGCCCAGGAUGACUCGAAUACUUUCCACUGUCACGUUAGGGUUUCUGCUCGUUAUGUCCGAGCUGCAGCUGUAAGUGUCAGGUUAGAAAGCAAACGAGGAAUUCAAAAAACGACAACAGGAGCAAAACAGAAGUUUUUAUUUGCAGGAUCCAUUUAGGUUUAUCUGAGAUAUCAUUAUGUCAGGGAAAGCCUCAGAAAGGAAACCAUCCAGCAGCAGGAACAUGARGAAGCUCCGUGCUGUGAGCAUGGUCUGCAGCCUGACGAGCAGCUGGCAGCAGUGGGUGACGGAGAACGAGUCGAAACAGGCCAGCGAGCCCACCGGCUGGGCUCCUGACUCACUCGGAGGAGAAAAAGAGGAGCCAAGAAAGAAAUGGGCCCCUAAAAAGCCCCCUUCUGCUCCAACUCAACCGGCUACUGAAAGCAACGCAGAGACCCCAACAUCUCAGGGAGCAUCCAGCAGUAAGGAGGUUGGGACUUCACAAGAUCCUCAGCCAUCAUCUCGCAUCAAAACAAAGCAGGUGGUGAAGUCGGUGACCAGCAGCGCUCAGGAGAAAAGUGCCGGGAUCGGCCUCCUGACCGAGAAGAUCAAGAAGGACUCUCUGCCUUCGGGCGAGGAGAUCGACAGGCUGCUGAAGAAGAAGAGCUCCCCCACGCGCCGCAGGAAGUGCUCCAACAUGGUGUCCUCUUUGACCAAAAGCUGGAAGCAGGUGGAGAAGGAGAAAAAGCUCGUUAAAGAGGGAGGAGAAGUUGGGACAGAAAGAGGGGAAGAAAAGAUGAGAUUAGACAAAGAGGAGGUUCCGAAACCGGACAUUUCAAAAGCAGAGGAGGAAGAUGACCCUGAGGAGGAGUCAGUGAGGAUAAAAAGACCUCAAGUCUCAUUAUACAAAAAAGAAGCUGAGGAUGCCAACAAGAUCAACGCCCUCUCCAAGAAACACAGCGCCGUGGGAAACCUGAAGAGCCGCUGGCAGAACUGGGCCGUGGAGCACACAGUUAACCAGAAACUGAACCCCUUCAGCGAAUACUUUGAUUACGACUACUCCAUGUCCCUGCGCCUCCAGAAAGGCCAGGAGGGGUAUGGACGCCCCAAGGAGGGGUCCAAGACGGCCGAGCGGGCCAGACGAGCUGAGCAACACAUCCAUCGUGAGAUAGACGACAUGUGCUACGUGAUCAGGACAAUGGCGGACCCGGACCCUGACGGAAAGACCCGUAUUACRUUUGGAGAGCUUUUCGACAGAUACGUUCGAAUCUCUGAUAAGGUGGUGGGGAUUCUGAUGAGAGCCAGGAAACAYGGAAAGGUAGCGUUUGAAGGGGAGAUGCUGUGGCAAGGCCAGGACGAUGGAGUGAUUAUUACUCUGAUGGUGUGAACAUUACAGCCAGGUCAAAAAGAAGAAAUCUGCUGAUGUGGUCUGAGAUGUUUUCAUUUUGAACAUGUGUAAUAACCUCAGUGAUUUUCAGAAGAGGGUGGAAGUCUACAUGUUUGCUGCUAUUUUUAGUCGAUACUUGAAAAUUUAAUUUAUGUCUGAUUUUAAGGAUAAUUUUAAUUCCCUUUCUCAGAACCCCUCACUUUUAAAAAGCAUUAAAGAGAAGYGUAUUUUAGUUUGUUAAUUUCUUUGACAAUGAAAGGAUCAUCCAGAUCUCAGGAAAGUCUGCUCAGUACAUUCAGUCUCUGGUGAUUGUCACAGACCUGGGCCGCUCCCRGGUCUGACCUCACUCCAGGCCUUCUGGGACGUCCUCGACACUCACAGCAGUGAGGAGUACUCAUGAAGAUAAAAGAAGGAAUAUUUUUUUUAUUUCUCUUUUUUUGUUUGUUUUAAUUUGACCGUGGAUGGACUUUGUUUCUUUUAAAUCACUUCAGACUAAAUUAAGCAUCAUAUUAAUUAAUAAUCUACUUUAUUGUUGUCUUUUCUGUGUGAAAAUAUCUGUAAACUGGAGUAAAAAGCAUCUCAGUUUCUGUGA